GCGCAGCUGUUUGUGAGCGGCUGCAACAUGGACGACGAGGAGGAAACCUACCGGCUGUGGAAAAUACGCAAGACUAUCAUGCAGGCGACUGGCUAUUUGUCUCUGCAGCUAUGUCACGACCGUGGUUACCUGGUGACCCAGGAUGAGCUGGACCAGACACUUGAGGAGUUCAAGGCGCAGUUUGGGGACAAACCCAGCGAAGGAAGACCGAGGCGCACAGACCUCACUGUGCUGGUGGCCCACAACGAUGAUCCCACAGACCAGAUGUUUGUGUUCUUUCCAGAGGAGCCCAAGGUGGGCAUCAAGACCAUCAAGGUGUACUGCCAGCGCAUGCAGGAGGAGAACAUCACUCGGGCACUGAUCGUGGUACAGCAAGGCAUGACGCCCUCCGCUAAGCAGUCCCUGGUGGACAUGGCCCCUAAGUACGUGCUGGAGCAGUUCCUACAGCAAGAGCUGCUCAUCAACAUCACGGAACACGAGCUGGUCCCUGAGCAUGUGGUCAUGACCAAGGAGGAGGUGACAGAACUGCUGGCUAGAUACAAGCUUCGUGAGAGCCAGCUGCCCAGGAUCCAGGCGGGGGACCCAGUGGCACGCUACUUUGGGAUCAAGCGAGGGCAGGUCGUGAAGAUCAUCCGGCCCAGUGAGACAGCUGGGCGCUACAUUACCUACCGCCUGGUGCAGUAGCCCAGCCUCAGGUGAGCCUUUCACCAUAGUGAGGGCUCAGCACUAUCCCUGGAUGAGCCCCACCUGCCACCGGACUCUGCUGUUUGUUCUUGACUCAGGAGAGGGUCUGAGCCGCCUUCUGCAGCCAGCACAGGCCAUCAUCCCAUUCUGAAAAGUAGGACUGUUGGGUGAGACACAGCCUAGCCGUUUGAGAGGAACCACUUGGUGGAAGGAGAGACUGACUCUUCUGCAAGUUGUCCUCUGACCUCCAUGCGCACACCAUGGCAACUUCGUGUGUACCCACCAAAAAAAAAAAAAAAUCUAAUGGGAGUGCAGGCUUUAAUACCAGCAUCCAGGAGGCAGAGGCAGGUGGAUCUCUAAAUUCCAGGCUAGCCUGGGCUAUAUUCUGAGAUCUUAUCUCAAAAAACAAACCAAACUAUACUGUUGCCAGAUUAAAUCCUAGCCCUCUGGAGACUGAAGCAGGAGGAUUGUAGUAACUUCAAGGCGAGUUUGUGGACUCUUUAGCAAGAACUGGACCAGAAGCAGCAUGCUGGCAAGAUGAGACCUUCGUCUGAGAAACAAUAGAAAGGAUCCCCACAUAGCACUGGCCAUGCUCAGAACCCCCUCCGAGCCAGCUGAUCUGCCCCUCCCAGCUCUACCGGCACCCCGAUGGACAGUUGGCCCUUGACUGCUGCUCCCAUGGCUGCCAGGGUAUGGGCCAUAAACUGUUUGCCUUACAGGGUUUCUCUGUAGCUUUGAAGCCUGUCAUGGAACCAGGCUGGCCUCGAACUCAGAGAUCCUCCUGUCUCUGCCUCCUGAGUGGGUUAAAGACUGUGUACCACCACCUGGCCUGUGUCUCAGGGGACAUGGCCCUGAAUAAGGCCAACACCACAGUCCCUGCACAACCUCAGGGCACUGGCUGCACCACAACUCCUUUGCCACUCUUGAAGUCACUAACCUAUUUAGAGUUCUCCAUUCUUGUAGGACUCUUUUGAGAAUUAAAGAUAUUUUGAGGAGAUA